AGAGCAAUUGAUCAGUUGUCGGUGGAUGGGCUUAUACAUAGAGGUCACAACCGGGCGUGAGAAAGAGGGUGACUAUAAAUGGAACUGGCGUUGGCAAUAGAGUUCAUUAAGCAAGGGCUGACCGAGGCACUGACUACAGUAUUCCACCAGACGCUGCCAUGCUGGCUUUAGUGCUAGCUGGACUUGCAGCUAUGACCACACUGGGCGAUGGUGAGGAAGCCUGUCCAGAAAUAAAAGUUAUUGGCAUUGGAGACUCCGACAAGCUGACAAUUCUCAGAGGGUGUCCCGGAUUUCCAGGGUCUGCCGGUCAAAAAGGAGAAGUUGGAGCAUCAGGAGAGAAAGGACAACAAGGAUCUAUGGGGGACCGAGGAAAGGCCGGACCGCCUGGUGAGAAAGGUUCUACCACAGUAAUAAAAGGUGAAAAAGGCGAGAAAGGAGAAAGCGGCCGGACAGAGUCUUAUGCUGCCAGGAACUGCAAGGAGUUACAUAACCAAGGGGCAGUGCUGAGUGACUGGUACACUAUAUACCCAGACGGCAGCCAGCCAAUCAAAGUCCUAUGUGAUAUGGACACGGACGAUGGUGGAUGGAUUGUGUUCCAGAGACGUUGGGAUGGGUCAGUGGAUUUCUUCCGGGACUGGGAUGCCUACAAGAAAGGGUUUGGAAGCCGACUGAAUGAAUUUUGGCUGGGGAACGACAAUCUCCAGAAAAUAACCUCAUUAGGCUCAUGGGAACUGCGCAUUGACCUACAAGACUUUGAAAAUAAAAAGAUGUUUGCCAAGUACACAUUCUUCAAAGUCUUGAAUGAGACGGAGAAAUACCAGCUCAUGAUUGGAGCCUACAAGGAGGGUACUGCAGGGGAUUCCAUGUCAGGAUUGAACAAUAUGAAGUUCUCUACGAAGGACCAGGACAAUGAUGCUUAUGAAAACAGCUGCUCUGUACUUUACAAGGGUGGCUGGUGGUAUGGCAGCUGCCACAGCGCAAACCUGAAUGGGCUCUAUUACUUGGGGGAACAUACCUCCUUUGCUGAUGGUAUCAACUGGUAUGCUGGAAAGGGGUAUCAUUACUCCUUCAAGCAUGUAGAAAUGAAGAUUAGGGCUGUUUAAAGAAAUACAAAUAAAGAUUGUUGAUAAACUGAUGCAGAGGGAGGACUAGAAUUAUCUUCUAUGCUGUUCUUGGUGGCGGGUACAGAGCUUCUUACUGAGCGAAGUUGCUUGCUGGAUGCUACCAUAUUUCAUAACUAUAUUGUUUGCACAGUUAUGCUGCAGCUGUGUAUAUUUAUAAGUACAGGAAUAUGUAAGUUGCAUUGAUGCGUAUUGCGUUUUGUCUUUUUAAAAGUAAUUGUUUUUAUAAUAAAUCUUUUAUUAAA